UUCAAUCAAAAUUCAAAAUCAUAUUUCGGUCCUAGAAUGGAUUCUACCGUACUGUACUAAAAAAUUAUCCAUCAUCCUCAACAGCCUCUGUUUUGCAUUCAGUUUGACACAGAAAAACAAUCGAAAAACACGCAUCUGUUGGAGGUAGUGAAAUUCAGCAUGAACUACUCGCGUUAUUAUUGAAUACGGCACGGCAUCAAACAACUGGUCCUCAACUUAACGCAACCGUCACAAUGUCUUUCCAACACGUCUUGAUCCCUGCGAUCGAAUCGGAACCUAUCGCCCGACAGGAGGCAUCCAAGGCGGGCGGGUUGACCAACGACGCCCUCAGCAAGAAUGCCAAGGCCUAUUUCUUCGAGAAGAGUGGUGGUUCCAAACGGGCGGAGCUCCUCGAAAAAGCAUCUGCCCCGGAGAAGAAGCAAAUCGCCGAUCGGAUCCGGAAGCAGUACACCGGGGCCGACGAAUCCUCCAAACGCGUCCAGGCCAUGGGGGACGACGAGAUCGUGAACCUGCUCAAGAUGCAGGAACAGGCUUCCAACUGUGAAAUCACGUGCCUCACAAUCCCCACGCCGCUCAACGGUCAAACAGCGGUCUCAAUGUACGGAGACGACCAGGCCCGUACCAAGAAUCACCCCUACAAUCCGCGGGCGACCAAGCUGAUGUUGGCCUGUGGACACGCGUUUCCCCCAAACAGCACUUCCGGUGACAGCGAUGGAAAGCCGAACGGAAUCUACGGUGACGUAUUUGUCGGCCGGGCCAUCGACGAUGAAGGAAAGGACAUAUGGGAACGGGUCGAUCUCACACCCGCGGAGGUUGAGGGAGAUCUCUACAAGCAGCAAUGGUGCAAGAUCGCUCGGCGAAAGGGGGGCGGUGGCGGCCAGGGAGGUUCCGCAUCAAGCCUCAGUAAGACGCUCCAGAAUUUCCAGAAUCAGCAGCAACAGAUGUGCCCAAGUGCGGCUGUCGCUGCUUCCAGUGGCACGCCGGCGAUUGCCGCGGAUCCUGCCAACGAAAACCAAGCAAAGUACACAUGGUCCCAGACGGACGACGAGGUCGAGCUGAAGUUUGUGGUACCAAAGGAGACGAGGGCUAAGAACGUGACCGCACAGUUCGGGUGUAAAUCCCUACGGGUUUCCCUUUCCGGGGUUGAUGGCUGCGAAACCAAUGAAUUGCUCCUGUGCGAUGGAGUCACAUGGGACCAGAUCGAUGUCGACGGGUCGACGUUUACCCUCCAGGACGAACCCGGCGCGAAGCCCACUGGACGAGAGCUCUGCGUAUCUCUGGAAAAGGCAAGCGGGGGGCAAACCUGGAAUUACGCGAUAGAGGAGUGAGCAGAAAGAAAGAGAAUAGAGCAUAGCAAUUGAA